CCGGUCAGAAUCGUUUCAACACUCGUCGGAGUAACACACGCCUAAAGACAAACGUGGAAAGUGGAACUUUGAAAAGCUAAGUUUCAGUUUCUGUCGGUUACGGGUUUUUGAAAAGUUCAAAGUGUCUUCUCUCUGUCUCGGUUCGAGUGACGGAUGCAAUGCGCGAAAUCCGUGCGUAACAUCAAUUGAUACCGAAGGAGAUUAAGCAGCAAGCCGCGUGUGGAACACAGCGGAUAAAAUCAACAGUUGUGAAACAGUGACAGAGUUGGAAGUGUGAGAAGAUCAUUCAGUGAUUACCAUACAAGGUAUGCUGAAAGUUGGGAAAAUCUUAUAAACAACAGCAGGAGUUAAGUGAAACUUGAAGAAAAAAAAAUCAAUCAAAGUGAACAUUGUGUGGGAAUUCAAAUUGUGAAUUGUUUGCAAAAAGAAAAAUCAAUCAAGUAACCCGCCUGAAAAAAAAGAAAGAGGUACAAGUGUGUGCCCGGAAAAGUUUGCAAUUGUGGAUACUCUAAAGAAUUAUUACAACAACUCGAGCAGAAUGGUGACCGGAAUUGGAACGGUAGCGGCGCAACAGGUUGCAGCUGCAGCAGCGAUGGUUGCUGGAACAUCGGCAUCGCAGCAUCAGCAACAACAGCCGAGCAAUGAGCAGCCGAUCGUUAAGAGACCCAGCGAUAAUCGAAGAAGUAACAAACCGAUCAUGGAGAAACGUCGCCGAGCCCGCAUCAACAACUGCCUGAACGAGCUCAAAACACUGAUUCUGGAUGCGAUGAAGAAAGACCCUGCCCGUCAUUCUAAGUUGGAGAAGGCAGACAUUCUUGAGAUGACCGUCAAACACUUGGAAAACCUCCAGCGUCAGCAGAACGUUAUGUCCCAGGCAACGGAUCCGAACGUGAUGAACAAGUUCAAGGCCGGCUUCAGUGAGUGCGUUCAGGAAGUGAGCAGGUUUCCGGAAAUUGAACCGAUGACUCGGCGCCGGCUUCUCGCUCACCUGAGCAACUGUAUCAACGGAGUCAAGACCGAGAUCCCGAAACCUCGCCAAUCGUCCGUGCAAGUGCACAUCCUUCCAUCGCCUCCAAGCUCCCCGGAACAGGAUCACCUCCCUCAGACACAUCCCGCCCAAAUUAAUGCCGUCCAAACUGGCAAUGGAGUCUUCUUCACCAACAACAUUGGAUCCAGCGUCCAGCUUAUCCCAACCAAACUCCCGAACGGCAGUCUAGCCUUCGUCCUGCCUCAAGCCAUCCCAGCAGCCACAGCUCCAGUUCCUAUGCUGGUGCCGAUCCCAAGUCGCACCGCCUCCACUGGAUCAGCAGCCUCAAGCCACUCGUCCUCGUCCUCGUACGAUCGAGUCCCUCGGGAACACGCCACCUCCCCAUUCCACGCACCUCCAAGUCCCGCCAACUCCAACUACGAACCCAUGGACUGCAAACCCUCUCUAUACCCCGAAUCAUCCCACCACCAACAACAGCAACAACAGUACCUCCAAUACCAGCAGCAGCAACAGCAAAUGCGAUCCUACAGCCCCGAUAGCCCCCUGUCGCUGGUCAUGAAGAAACCCUACCAAGAUCAGCAGGCUAUGCUGCAGGACGACGACAAACCGUGGCGACCAUGGUAAACCCUAGACCCCAAGGUCACCCAAAAGAAAACAAAAAAGCUUCAGUACCUCAGCAGUCAGGUCCCUGCAAGGCAGCCAGCCGGAAGUACAAAUCGCUUCGCGUGUGAUCAUUCCCCAGCCACAUUGCUCAUCAACGCCGACGACAAUGUAGCACAAAUCUAAGCACACGAGCGGUCGUAAAUCACGCCGCUCGGCUCGGCUCGUGUAAUAGUUUGCGCAGCAACGAGCCGUAGUUGCAAUGGGUCCCCGUCGUUGUUUAUUCUAUCGCGAUAGAAUUGUACACACAGUGUUGCUGAGCCGCGAAGAGACAAAACAAAGUGGGCAAACCGAGUUUGUUCGUUCCCAUAGUUUUUCGUUCGUCGGCUAACGACGACGAAAACCGAAGUGUGCCGAAGGGUGAUUCGAACCGCAGCCGAGCGAGGGGGUUGUACGACAACGACGACGAUGCGGACGCGAAGAGUGCACGAGCCAGCAACCAAACUGAAUGCGGUGACGUGAGCGAGGGCACUUGAUCGCCUCUGCCAGUUCCUGUACUGCAACAAAGUGUAUUUAUGAUUGAAGAGUGUGAUUCGGAUCGAAGCGCGGAAAAUCCAACCACUGCGAAGAAGCGCACCCUGGCACGAGGCGGAAUUUAUUUUUACUUGUAGAAAAAAGAAAAGAGUAAAGUGCCGGCCCUCCUGCCUUGUUGCUCCCGCACGGGUGUGUGUAAAUUAUCACCCGUGGCGUUGCACCGCGUCCCGGGGACACACGAGCAAACCGAAAGAGUGCGCGCGCGUGCAUGUGAUAAAAGAACGUUUUCCGCAAUUUCGUAACGCCGCCAUCGUCGUCAAACCUUGAAAAAAAAACCGGGUGAGAAAUCAAAGCAGGCGACCACUAGUCAUCCAAAAGAAAAAUAAAAAUCAAAAAUAAUUUUUGAUAGCAUGUGGCCUACUCGGACGGGCGAAACCAGAUAUAGAAAUACGUUGAAGACACGCACAUCUGAAAACAAAACAAACUAAUUAAUAGAAGCUCUAGGCCCCCCUUUAGAGAGAGCAGAGUGAAAUCCAAAGCUGUGAAUAAUUGUAAGGUCAGUUCGUGAUAGACACAAGUUGAAAAAAUGUGCUUCCAAAAAACACGUGAAUCAAGAAGCGAGACGUCUUCUACCUUUUUUAUCGAUCAACUUCUCAAAUUUUUUCCCAAGAAAAAAAAUCAAUCAUGUGAUUAGCUUUUAAAUGCUCGGUCAUUUAAAACAGCCUUAAUCCAUCGUUGCUUCAACCAACCUUUUGCUUUCGUUUGCUUUUCUCAAACUUUCGGCAAUCCUUUUCAUCUGAUUUUUUUCUUUUUUUUUUGUAAAUUUUGUUUCCCUUCGUUCUUGAUUCAUUUUAGUUUUAAUAAAUUAAAAAAAAAUCAACAAUUUGAGUUUGCGACAAAAAUCACAAAAGUCUUCCAACGAUCCCAACUGUUUUAAAGUCUUAGUCUUCCACUAAAUAAAAAUCUAAAACUUGGAAUCGUAUAAAAAAGUUGUUCUCAAACCUUGAUGGUCGCACCGUGUCAAGUGAAAUUUGAGUUGUUCUGAACAAACUUAAUUUUGAGUUUUAAAACCUUUACGUUUAGUAACAGAAACAAGAUAGAUCAUUGUAAAUAGUGAGAGAAUUUCGCUUCCUAAGAUAAGAGAAUAAUUUUAUCAAUUCCCUCCCCUCUUUUGACUAGGAUAGGAUAAGGGAUUCACAAAGUAGGCAUUAUUAUUUAUAAAGUGCGUGACGUCAAGGCGUCAGAAGCGCAGGCAAACACUGUUUAGUGAGAGUUUUGAGUGAGAGAAUAUAAACAAAGAUAGCAGCACCACAUGCUACAGAUUGUACAGAUUUAUUAUACCUUUAAGUAGAGUCUAGCGCAGAUAGAAAGAUAGAUAGAGGGAACUGUUUCCUCGAUUGAGAAAUACCUAUAUUGUAUGUAGAAUGGUUACAAAGAAACUAUUUUAUAGAGAAGAAAACUAAACUGGAGCUUGAGGCUCCAGCUAUGAUGAAAACAGAAAAUUGAAAAUAUAAAAUAUUUUUAAAAAUUA